AUGGAGUCAACCGAUCAAGUCAUCCACCUGCCCGAGAGCCCGAGCCUCGAGACAGGCAUUGACCAGAGGCACGAUUCAUCUUCCACUCACAUCUCCGUCACCGAGGUCAUCCACUACACCUCCAGCGGCAGCACUACCCAUUCAACCGGCCCAACCACUCCCCACGCCGCAGCCACCACCAGCUCCGGCACCGUCCUCGAAUCCCGUCGCCAAGAGGCCUACAAAAUCAACAGCAGCAACCAAGUCAACCUCGUUCGCGCCCAGGCUACCGCGCUCGGCCACGUUCACGUUCCUCCCCUUGUCUCCAGCUACCAUGUGCAGUACCGCGUCAAGGUCCACAACCGGCCUUACGUCGCGCAGCGCAUCUGUUCUCUCCCCAAGUGUUUCAGGAUGCAGAGCAAGCUGAUAUGUCGGAAAAACGAAACCGACAUGAAGACACACAAGCUGAAUCGGUUGAGGGAGGCGAGGAGGGCUGCUAUUAUUGCUGUCAUGUCUCCUUAG